AUGAAACUCGUCAUAGAAAACAAUAUCGUUGUGAAUCAACGAGGGACGGUCAAGAUCCUCCCCGAAGACCUCGACGACGUCUGGUUUGUUUUCAAUCUCAUCUCCCCCGGUGACGUCAUCAUCGCCGCCACCACCCGCAGCGUCAAAUACAGCUCCCGCAUGAAGGUCAUUCACGAAAUCUCGAUCACAGCCGUGGACUACCACAAGGACUCGUCCACCCUGAGCGUGCAGGGCAGACCAAGACUCUGCGCCAAGGUGGAAACUCACUCCAACCCUAACAAGUACUUCGGGAACAUUUUCCAGGCUUUCGUGAAGCACGUUGAUCUGAGCGUCGUACGGUGCGUCGUAAUAGGGAGUCAGGGAAACGCGAAGGACGAGUUCCGUCGUUUUAUGAUUGCGGAGGCGAAUAGGUUGAAGGUCAAGUCAGUAGAGAACAACAAGCAACGCAUUGUCGUUUUUAACACGAGGAGCAAAGGGAAAGACGGGAACAGUAGUUUGCUUGAGGUUUUGCAUGACAGUACCGUGAUGAACUUGGUCAGAGACACCAAGGCUGUGAUGGAGAUCAAGGCUUUUAAGGAGUUUUCGGAUUUGCCAACAACGGAUUUGGACCGAGUGUGUUAUGAUACCAAGAAUGUGGAGAUGGCGCAUGAGUUGAAGGCCAUUGAAACGCUAUUGAUUACCGAUGACUUGUAUGAGAGUGUAGAGAUUGAGACGAGGUAUAAGUACAGAGGGUUUGUGGAGUCGGAGAAAAAGACAGGAGGGAAGGCGUUUGAGUUUUCGUCCGAGCAUGUAUCCAGCUAG